AUGGUUAAAGUCGCUGUGGCCGGUGGUUCUGGGCAGGUUGCCCGAGAGAUCAUCGAUGCUCUUCUAGAGUCGAAGAAGCACCAGAUAACUAUCUUAAGCAGGAGGGAGGCUCCGACCUCAACUCCAAUCGCAUCUGGACUUCAUUGGCAGUUUGUGGACUACAAUAACAAGAAAAGUCUAGUUGAAGCCCUUCGAGGGACCCACACCCUCUUGUCUUUCGUCCAAACCCUCUCGGAUCCCGACCAGAAGUCGCAGAAGAAUUUGAUCGAUGCUUGUAUUGAGGCCGGUGUGAAACGCUUCGCGCCGAGUGAGUUCGGAAGCAAAGGGACAACCGAUAUGCCUUGGUUACGAGUAAAAGAGAACAUAAGGGAGUACCUUGAAGAGGUGAAUCAGAAAGGAAAGGUUCUCGAAUACACCUUAUUCCAACAGGGUUUCUUCCUGGACUACCUAGCCUAUCCUUACAAGACAUCCAAGUAUCUUGAUCAGCUGCAAACUAUCUUCGACUUUGAGAAUAGACGUGUGAUCGUCGUAGAUGGCCAUGAGGACGCUAUCAUGACUCUAACUACUGUCGCGGACCUCGCAAAGAUCGUUGCUCGGGCUGUUGAUUAUGAGGGCACGUGGCCUAAGAUGAGCGGAAUCAGGGGCAAUAGAGUCACGUUCUCACAAAUCAUUGAGAUCGGAGAGAGAAUUCGAGGACGCCCCUUCACGGUCGACAAGGUCAAAGUCGAAGACCUCGAAAAGGGUGAGCUGAAAACAACAUGGAAUAUAGAAGCGAUUCAUCAUUCGGUCUUCAAAGAACAAGCACCGGCUUUUCUCAAGGCCAUAUCAAUUGGCAUCUUGCUGAGCAGUUUGAAAGGCGCAUGGGAUAUAUCGGAUGAGCUGAACCAACUUUUUCCUGAUUUCGAGUUCACUUCUAUUGAAGACUUCCUCACAAGGAUCUGGGAAGGAAAACAAUAA